AUUUAUGGUCAUCACAUACAGAUGAGCCAUAUAUUGGUAUUACAGUUGGAUGGUUAGAUCCCAAGGAUUGGACAUUAAAAGAAGGGCUAUUGGCUUAUGAAAAAAUCAAAAGAAGACAUACAGUUGCUGCCACUACAGAUAAUGAUGCAAAUGUUGUGAAAGCAAUUCAAUUAAUAGCAUAUAACCAAUCUUAUUUUGUUUUUCAUGGUAGUCCUAAACAAACUGAAAACCUUAAAAACACACAAUAUGAAGAUGAAGAAUAUAAUACAAAUUUAUUGGAUAAAUUAAAUAAAAUUACAAACCAAGAUCAAUUAAAUAGAAGUAGUGAUGAUGAAGAUAUGGUCAGUAAUCAACAAUUACAAUUCAAAAACCAUUAUGCUAUUAAGUUACCUGAUACUACUAAAGGUGUUUUAAAAAAGAUAAAAGCUGCUAUUUAUUUAAGUAUAUGUCAAUAUUGGGAUUUUCCAAAAGAAAUUACUUUACUUUCAGCAUUGUUAGAUCCUUGA